GGAAGCCCCCCUCCGAAACUGCCUGCUUCUCCUCCCGGAAGUGGAGCUUCUACGCCGGAUUGCUGCUCUGCGCCAUAGCUCUAGGGACGCGCGGCAGGGAAACCGCCCCCCCCCCCCGUGGGAAAGAGAAUCGGGAGCGAGGACAAAGAGGCAGUGUCAGAGUGACUGACAGGCUGAGAUACAACCCAUCAGCAUCCGAUGACAGCGACUGCAUGAAUCUUCCCACUCAAAGGACCCAUUUUCAUGAUAGACAGUGCCUGUGGCUGGAGGCUCUACACACAGGGUUUGCCUAUGCAGGCCAAAGACUGUCAGUAUUAGCACAGGAUUUCCUUUCCUCCCACUCUGAAGAAGGUGAAGGAGAAGACAAGUCAGAAUUCCAGGGGACGGCGCACCUUUAGUUUAAUAAGGAAUAGCCAUUAAAUGUUUGAAAUGUGGAAUAUGCUUCAUUGAAUGAGCACACACAGCUCACAUCAACUAUCUCAAACAGCGGAGAAACCAUUUAAAGGUAUGGAGAGUGGAAAAUGUUUCACUGAUAGUGGAAAGCUUCAAACACAUCAGCGGACUCACAUGGGCAAGAAAAGAUUGAACCGCAGAGAGUGUGGGAAGAACUGCAUUCAGAAUGGACACCUCAAUAUACAUCAACGGACUCACACAUGUGAAAAACCAUAUAACUGUAUGGAGUGUGGGAAGAGUUUCAGUUUCAAUGCAUCCCUUAGAAGACACCAACGGACUCACACAGGUGAAAAACCAUAUAAAUGCAUGGAGUGUGGGAAGAACUUCAGUCAGAGUGGACACCUCAAUAUACAUCAUCAGACUCACACAGGGGAGAAUGCAUUUAAAUGUAUGGAAUGCGGAAAAAGCUUCAGUCAGAAUGCAAAACUUAGAAGACACCAACAGACUCACACAGGGGAGAAACCAUUUAAGUGCAUGGUGUGCGGAAAAUGCUUUAGCCAGUGUGGAAACCUCAAUAUACACCAACGGACCCACACAGGAGAAAAAUCAUUUAAAUGCAUGGAGUGUGGAAAGAGCUUCAGUCGGAAUGGAAACCUUAAAUUACACCAGCGGACUCACACGGGUGAAAAACCAUAUGAAUGUAUGGAGUGUGGAAAGAGCUUCAGUUGCAAUGCAACCCUUAGAGGACACCAACGGACUCACACAGGAGAGAAACCAUUUAAAUGUAUGGAGUGCGGAAAAAGCUUUAGCCAGAGUGGACACCUAAAUAUACAUCAACGGACUCACACAGGGGAGAAACCAUAUAAAUGUAUUGAGUGUGGAAAGAGCUUCCGUUUCAGUGCAGGCCUUAGAACACAUCAACGAACUCACACAGGAGAGAAACCAUUUAAGUGUAUGGCGUGCGGAAAAAGCUUUAGCCAGAGUAGACACCUCAGUAUACAUCAACAGACUCACACAGGGGGGGAAACCAUAUAAAUGUAUGGAGUGUGGAAAGAGUUUUAGUGAGAAUACAAGACUUAAAAUGCACCAGCGGACUCACACAGGGGAGUAUGUAUGUAUGGAGUGUGGAAAGAGCUUCAGUUGCAAUGCAACCCUUAGAAGACACCAACGGGUUCACACAGGGGAGAAACCUUUUAAAUGUAUGGAGUGCGGAAAGAGCUUCACUUUCAAUGCAUCCUUUGGACGCCAUCAAAAGACUCACACAGGGGAGAAACCAUUUACCGUAUAUUCCGGCGUAUAAGACGACCCCCAACGUUUCCAGAGUGGAGUGGAAAUCGUAGAAAACAUCAGCAGACACACAAGGAGGAAACCAUUUAAAUGUAUGGCAUGUGGAAGGAACUUCAGUCAGAGUGGACCCCUUGAUUUACGUCAACAAACCUACACAAGAGACAAACUAUAUAAAUGUCAGGAAAGGCGAUAAAGGGUCAGUCCUAUUGGAAGUCAUACAUCAACAGACUCAUGAACAGGAAGAACUUUAAUGGUUGAAUCAUAGAAACCCAUCAAUAACUCAUAGAGGAGAAGCAGUUUAAAUGGAAAGAUUGCAGAAAGUGCUUUAGUUAUAAUGGAGUGUUUAAGAAACAUCACAGGAACUUCAAAGGGGAGAACCCAUUUAGAUGUAUGGAAUGUGGGACCUGUUCCUCUCAGAGUCCACUUUUUUCUUCACAGCAAUGAACUCAGCAGGAAAUCAGUUUUAAAAGCAUGACAUGUAUGUGAAGUCCUGGUGUUCAUAUGUAAAACUGAACAGUAAUGAAAUAUUGAAGGAGAUGUCUCAAAAUAGUGAGUAUAAUUUUAGAUGCGAGAUAUCUUUUGAUAGAGAGGGGAAAUCUGAAUUGCUGGUGGGGAGUGAGGAUUAGGGCUGGGUGAUAUAUUGAUAUCUCGUCCAAUACCGGUUUCUAGACCACAUCGUGAUAACCUUUGAAAAACAAUUGAUAUGGCAAUAAACCACGAAUCACAGUGUGUGUUUCUAGGAUGUGCCUGGAAGCAGCCGGCAGAAGCCCAUGCAGAUGCCAAGUUGCUGACUUCCCUCCCAGACGACAGGAAACGAAACACACACCUCAUUUGCCCUGUGUCGUUCCAGCCUCUUUCCACCCUUGCUCCCUUCUGCCGGUGGGUGUGCCUGAUCUAGAUAUCCUGUGUGCUGUAUUUUUUUUACUUCUGAAACUGGAUUUGGUCUCAGGAACUAAGUUUUGUGCCUCACUGGGGACCCAUUGAGAAGUGUAUGCUUUGAAAGCUCAGUAAACUAUUACCGAAGAAGUCCUGCUGCCUCUGUGUGUGUGUUUAACCUCAGUGUGGGAAUUACUCUACACGUGGCCCCUAUCCCGUUGCUACUUGGCUCAUGCCCUGGAGUUGCUGUAUUCAGGCAUGCAAGACGGGUGCAUAGGUGUGUGUCUGGUUUUUGCACCAAACUCUGU